AACGAGCGUGUUUUGAUAUUCUUCUUGCCACCUUCAUUCCCCGCUGCAUACCCUCUUUCGUCCAAGUACCUUCCUAACCCCUGGGAUCUGCGAUCUGCAAGAGGCGGGAAGGAUGAAAGCCAUGAAGGGCCUUAGUAUGAACAAGAUGCUGGGAAGCAUCAAGCGGCGGCCGACAGCCCCCCAGGCAGCUGAUUCGGACGACGCCUCGGGAGACUCCUCAUCCCAAACCCCGGAAGCGACUGCCGGUCGUUUUGUUAGGCUGUUCUGUGAAGCAGAUGGUAGUUCUACGGGCGACGAGAUCACGUAUCUCCCUCCCAUUGUCGAGUCGGCCGAGUCGUCGCCUGCCGCCGCGGCCGAAUGCGCCCGGGUCAUCCGAAAGCUCCUACACCGAGACUAUUGGUCGAAGCCGUCAUACCAGUACAAUGCCAUCAUGCUGAUACGAAUCCUGUCCGACAACCCCGGCCCGACCUUUACGAGGAAUCUGGACAAGAAGUUUGUGGAUGUUACGAAGGAGCUGAUGAGGGGCUGCCGGGACCCAAGCGUCCACCAGAUCCUCUUGGAGACGCUGGAGACAUUCGAGACCACCAAAGGCUACGACGAGGGGCUCGGCCCCAUGAUCGAGAUGUGGAAGAAGGAGAAGGCGAAGACAUAUAAGAACUACGGGACAUGGCCAGCACCACUCGCUCCGCAAAUGCAAACGCCUGCCCUCAACCCUCAACAGAAUUACUUCGCGCGGAGCCACUCCACCCACAGGAGAACGUUGCCCAGCCCCUCCGACCUGGCGAACAGGCUGGAGGAGGCGCGGACGUCGGCCAAGCUGCUGGAGCAGAUGGUGGCGGGCACACCCCCGGCCGACGUGCUCUCAAACGACCUGCUCCAGGAGUUCUCCGGGAGGUGCCACACCGCCUCGGCCAGCAUACAGAGCUACAUGGCGGUGACGGACCCGGCCCCGGACAACGACACGAUGGAGAGCCUGAUCGACACCAACGAGCAGCUGCAACGAGCGCUGAAUCAGCAUCAGCGCGCCGUCCUCAACGCGAAGAAGCAGCUCGGCCUCAACGAGCGGUCCAACAACCCGAGCCCGAACCCCAGCGAACAACUCCGCGACGCCGGCCGGCAUCAUAUGACCGGCGGGCAGGGCCCGGGCCCCUCGUCGCGGGAGUCGAACAUGGAUCCGCCGGAGUCGGACCACCACCACCGCAGGCCCGCACGGACCGGCACCGGCACCGGCAAGGGCAAGGAGACGGAGCCAUGGGGCGCGCCGGGCGCGUCGUCGUCCUCCUCCUCCCGCGCCGCCGCCAACGGGAAGUCGCGGCGUGACCCGGAUGACUACCACGACGAUGACGACGACGACGAUGACGGGGCCGACCCCUUCAGGGAUCCGGUCCAGGAACCGUCGCGCGGCAAGGCCGCCGCCGCAUCGUCGUCGUCGUCUUCGCUGGCAGGACAACAACAGCGGGCAGCAGGAGGUGCGUCGGGCGGCGGCAGCGGUGGUGGUGGAGACCCGCCGCGCCUCGCGUUCGAGCCAUUUCACCCGGGCUUCGGCGGCAGCGGCAGCGGCAGCGGCGGCCUGGACGGUGGGGCCAGCGGUAGCCGGGCGAGCCCGCAGGAGGAGGAGGAUCUGUACGGGGCUGAGGAUGCGUACAGGGCGAACCCGAAGAAGGAUCCGGUGUACCGGUACUGAGGAUGGAGUGGGUGUGGACCGUUCCUCCGCAGGGAGAGAUGAUGGGAGGGCCAGGGCACGAAUGCCGGUCCUCCGCCGCCCCCACCCCCGCGGUAUGGGCUCGGCGAGCCGUAUCGUAAUGACUGAGAGGGAGAUCCAGGCGUUCUUAUCUGUUGUCGGUAUUACCAAUUUAUUUCUCCUUGAGAUGUUCGUACAGAAACUACUUGUGUAAGCAUGCAUGAUAGACCGAUGAUCAUAGUUUCUCCAUUUAAUAUACAUCCUUUGCCACGGCGAUGGGCCUUACGAAUGGGCGGGCCAGGGGGGAGGUAAAGGCAAAGACAAGAUGGAGAGAUAAGUGACGUCGUCCUCGAGACUAAUUCAUAGUAACGAAGCAAAGGUGAGGGGGGGUUAAGGAAUGGAGGGGGAUAUUAGGACAUGCU